CUAAAUAAUAAUUAAUACCUGGAAGAAGUUGAGGUGCUGCGAAUCGUCAUCGAAAUCGAAUCGAAUUGAAGGAGUUGCAUUCGAGACAGAGAGUUUGAUGGGUUCUUGGAAGAGUGGUUCGAUGGGUUUGGAGAGGAUGAGCGUGGAGCAGUUGAAGGCGGUGAAAGAACAAACCGAUCUGGAAGUGAAUCUUCUGCAAGACAGUCUCAACAAUAUUCGCAGCGCCACCACUCGCCUCGAGAUCGCUUCCUCCGCCCUCAACGACCUCGCCGUCCGUCCUCCCGCCAGCCAAAUCCUCGUCCCACUCACCGCCUCCCUCUACGUCCCCGCCACUCUCCAGGACUCCACCCACGUUUUGAUCGACGUCGGCACCGGAUACUUCAUCGAGAAAACUAUGGAGGAAGGAAAAGAUUACUGCGAGCGAAAAAUCAACCUGCUCAAAUCAAACUUUGAACAACUUGUUGAGGUUGCAUCAAAAAAGAAAAACGUGGCAGAUGAAGCUGGGGUUGUUUUACAGGCUAAAUUGAAGCAAUUAGCAUCUUCGUCCUAGACGUCGUGCUUCUUCCGAUCCAGUGUACCAUACAAAGGGUGAUGUUAUAUGUUAUUUAAACCUUUUAAUUUGGUUGAAAGUGUUUAGGGAAUGGAGUCAAUGAGUGAGAAUUGAAAUUUUAAGGGUAUUUAGGAAUUUAAUAGUGGUGUUUCAAUUGCAUAAUUUGUAUUAGAGCAGGUCGUUGAAGUACGUGUUCAUGGUUGGCCUUUCUGCUGUGUUCUUGUUUCACCCCAGUUUUUUCUUGAUUAUUACGCGCAGUAAGAGAAGGGUGUGCUUUAGAAAUAUUGUCUUUUUAUGAGUAGAAGACAUGGUUGGGAGUCAGAGAAGUAUGAGCUUUAGAAAUAUUGUCUUUUUAUGAGUAGAAGAGAUGGUUGGGAUGAACAUUUAGUUUGUUUUUAUGGUCUUGCAUUAAUAGAAUUUUGGUGCUUUUAA